AUGCCGCCGAAACGCACCCGCCGCUCGUCUCCUACCCCUGCAGGUCUCUCAGCUGGCGAAAGACUGAAGCGUGCUAGGCUCGCCGGGAAUACCCAAUAUUCCACCUGGGGUUGGGUGGGCACCGAGAUCACAGACGCGUCAGCAAUCACGCUCGAGCACAGGCUUGCCACCUGCGGCUUUUUGCCCAAGAGCUCGCAUCCUCUGUGUGCGAACAAGUACGCAGCGCGAGCUAGGUCGACGUCGGUGAAAGAGGAGACGAAGCAACCGCAACCCAAAGCUCAUGGGGAACUGGAGGAUGAUGUGAUUGUCAUUUCCGACGAUGAAGCGCCGUCUUGUAGCAGUAAGGCAUGCAGGAGCACCCCGUACUGCCUCAACUAUCUGGGUCAGGAGAAGUGGGAAGAUGAGGGCAAGGCUCGUGAAGCCUUCAUGAAAGUCACGAAUCUCGGUGAGGAUCCCGUCGCUAACUCGAGAGAUCCUGGUUUCCCGGUGGGACUGAAGAAUCUGGGCGCCACUUGCUAUGCGAAUGCAUAUCUACAAGUGUGGUUCCAGGACUUGCCGUUCCGCGAUGGCGUCUAUAAGUGUCAACCAGCUCAGGAUGCGGAGCACAAAUUUGAAGAAUCGCCGAUAUUCCAGCUUCAGGUGACAUUUGCCGCGAUGCAGGAGGGCAUCGAGAGCGCUUUUAAUCCCGUCAAGCUUGUUGAAAGCUUGAAACUGAGGACAGCCGAACAGCAAGAUGCUCAGGAGUUCUCCAAACUGUUCAUGGCCCACUUGGACACAGAGUUCCACAAACAAUCGAGUCCGUCAUUGAAGUCACUCAUUGCAGAUCAGUUUCAGGGCAAGCAAGUGUACGGCACGAUUUGCGAAAAGUGCCACAAUAGCUCUGAACGAGAGUCGGAUUUCCUGGAGAUUGAAGUCAACAUCCAGAACAACGCCACACUUGAAGACCGGAUCACUGCAUUGCUGCAGCCCGAGACAUUGUCCGGCGAUAACAAGUACCUAUGCCCACGUUGUGACAGCCUGCAGGAUGCCAAACGAUACACAGAACUCCGGCAGCUUCCUCCGGUGUUGCACUUCUCUUUACUGCGGUUCGUCUAUGACGUCUCGACCAUGGAGCGCAAGAAGAGUAAAUAUGCUAUCUCGUUCCCGACAUCGAUAGACAUGGACCAAUUUCUUGGAUCUGCCGAAAUGCGCAAGAACGCGAAGAACUGUCGGAAGAAUACGAACCGGUAUGCGCUUCGUGGUGUGCUCUUGCAUAAGGGCGCCAGUGCAUACCAUGGACAUUAUGAGGCGCAAGUGUUCGAUGUCCAGAACCAAGGAUGGUAUCAGUUCAACGACGAAACCGUCACUGAGAUUGAGUCACUUGGAGCUAAGCCUAUUUCUAAAGCGAAGGUUGGACCGGCGGCCGAUGCGGAGAAGAAGAAAGCGGCGGGGCAAAGUCAGAAGCCGCGUAUCCCUCAGAGGAAGCGUCGGCGCGUAGAGAGCGACAGCGAUAUCGAGAUUCUUGAUUCCCCACCGCCCGCAAAUGGCUCUAAAACAGAGCCUGAAGCAGCAUCUUACAUCUCUUCGAAAGAUGCCUAUAUGCUAGUAUACUCGCGCAUUGAUAUGCGCAGUUCGGAGCUUACCAAAAACGUUAUCAAUGGGAAGGCGCCCCAUCGAUCUUAUUCCCCUCAAGCCAAUGGCUCAGCGCACGCACAUUCACAAAUCACCAUACCUUCUCCACCACCUCGGGCCAUGGAAGCAGUACGUAUGCUGAAUGCUGCUCACGACCAGGCGUGCGAAGAGUUUACCGAGAAAGAGAAGCAGGCGAAGGCUCAUUUCAAUGACAUGCGGUAUAAGGUGAUGGACAUCUACAGAUCGUGGCAAUUAUCUACCCGCGAUGAGGAUUGUGUAGUCGCGAGUCGUCAAGCCCUCGAGACCUGGAUAUCGCGUCAUCUUGCAAAGCCCAAAAAGCGGGCAGCAUCUCCCUCUGAAUCAGAUGAGACACCCUCACGCUCCUUUACGAAGUCUGAAAUAUCGGAUGAAGAAGGGAGAAAUAUUAUCUCCGUAUCCGACAUCGUAUGUAGCCACGGACAGAUCGAUCCGGACAAGGCGAGCGAUAUGAAACUGAUCACUAGGGCGGCUCAUCAUCGCAUCGCUGACGACGACAAUUGCUUACUGGUUCCCGACCUCUCACCGUUGGACGUGUGCGAAACCUGCGUGAGCGAGAUGUUUACGGAGCGGCUGUACCAAAUCGAGCAUCCACGCUUCGUGGCCCGGUUCGACGAGAUCGCUCCUGUUGCAGAGAACGAGGAAGGGUACUGGAUAUCAAAACAGUGGCUGAAAGAUUGGAGACUUGCAAAACCCAAGAUGCACAAUCCUUCCCAGGGGGACCCACCCCCUGAUGCUCCAGACUUUAAAUAUCAUGUUAAAUGCGAGCAUGACGAUCUAUCAACCAACGUAACCGCUCGUAGGCGCGUCUCUGUUGAGGCAUGUCUUUUCCUUCAGGACUUGUUCCCAACGUGGGAACCACUAUCUACUGAGACCGAGGUCUGUCCUGUGUGCGAAGCCCUGAUACAUAUCUCCAAAGAAGACAAGCGAGAGCUCCGCAGGCAAGCAGAGGAAGAAAAGGCUAAAUUGAAGCAUAUGCAUGACAAUGCGCUGAACGGUAAUACAGCGUUACUCGAAAAUGUUCCCUGCGCCAUAGUUCCUGCACAUUUCGUUCGGGCAUGGAGGCAAUGGCUGCUUCAUCCUGUGGAAGUGCAGCGUCCAGAGAGUGUGGACAACUCCCAAUUCUUAUGUGAACAUGGGUUGCUUUGUUUGGAUCCUAACUCGGGGACCGAUCUGGAUUCAUCCGUCGCCAUCAUCAAGCGAAGCGACUGGGACGUGCUGGAGGAUAUCUAUUCCGGUGGACCACUAAUUGCAGUGGAGAACACUGGCACAAAGCUGGAACAUGAAUUAUCCGUAUGCGAGGAUUGCCGUCGGAAGAGGAAAUCAUCCUUUGACAUGACAGAAAUUACUGUUCGUAUAUUGGGCCCUCAAGACCCCACACCCACCGUCGAAACCUACAAACCGGACACUGUGCAGACUACUCGGCGUCCAUUGCAUCCAUCGACGCUCAUGACUUAUGGCUCUCGGAAGAGUGGCGGCUUGCGGCAAUCCAACCGUCUUCGGCAGGCGAAAGAUUACGGAAAGAGGCGCCGGGUGACCAUCACCAAGAACAUGAGGGUCAAAGACCUCAAAAUCACGUUCGAAGAGGAGUUCGACAUCCCGAUCAUAUCUCAGCGUCUGUUCUAUCACGGCCAAGAACUUGAUGACAGCUCUGCCACAGUUCUGUCACUAGGGAUCUUAUCCAACGAUCUCUUGGAUCUUCGUGAAGAGAGCGAGAACAUCGAUCUGCUGUCCGACUCUGACACCGAAGAUGUGCCCCGCAAGAGAAGAAACGAAGGUCAAGGAUUUGGUGGCACUCUACUCGGAGGGAUCCCGGACUCAGAUUCGGACGGUGCUAGGGAGUCGAGCUCGCAGUCUGAUCAGCCACCUGCUACAUCCAAAGCCUGCUCAGCAUGUACUUACGAAAACGACAUUGAUGUCGCAAUGUGCGCCAUAUGCGAGACGCCGUUUAAUCCGUGA